AUGAAUGUUAUAAUUUCCUUUUUCUUUUAUUGCAGAAAAUCACUAAUUGAAAAGCGAGCAUUCGAUAAAAUUGAACAAUCGGAUUUUGGACUUUUACGGAAGCGUUUCGAACUUUUUUAUCCAUUUAGGCAAGGGAAAAAUAUGGAAGAAAUGAAUAAUUCGGGCAAAUAUCAUCAUCUCGACGAACAUUAUCACACGAUAAAAAAGCGAGGUUUUGAUCGAAUCGACGAUGCCGAUUUUGGUUUAUUUAAAAAGCGAGCGUUUGAUCGAAUCGAUGAAGGUUUUGGUUUAAUGAAGAAGCGAGCCUUCGAUCGCCUUGAUACGUCGGAAUUCGGCUUGAGAAAACGUGGAUUUUUACCGUACUAUCUUGAACAAUACGAAAUAUCAUCGCCGUUUAGAAAUCAUUUAUUUGAUUUCCUUGGCAAAAAAGGAAUUCUUUUGCUAAUAGAACCAAAUUAUAAUGAAAACGUCGAACAACGAUACAAAAGAGCAUUUGAUCGUAUUGAGAGUUCAGACUUUGGCUUUCAUAAACGCUCAAUCGCUGAUAAAAUGAAUGAUAAUAAAAAUAUCGAUGAGAUAAUUGCGCAUAAAGUGACAAAACGACCUUUCGACAGAAUUGAACGCUCCGAUUUUGGUCCAAUGACCAAGCGAACACCAGCAACUUUACCUGAAUCUUUUAUGGAAUUCGAUCCAAAUUUAAUCGAUAUUGCACCAAACGACAAUAUUUUAUUAUCAGGUCCAGCAGAAACGAUUUUUUUAUUACAUGAUUAA